GCGAAGAGAUCCUGGAGAAGGAAAGGGCAAAAGUGGUAUUUGGUGAGUGGGGUGGUGUUCUCCUAAACUCAAUGGGUCAGAUGCACAAAUCCUGGCCAUACAUCUUACACAAUAACAACUUAUCACACGUGUCUUCAUCAGAGUAGAAACACAAGAACUGGUUCCUUUAUGCAACAACACUUGGAUUCAUGGAAAAGAGGGUUCAGUUAGCAAAAUUCCUAGUCUAAUUUUAUGGGGCCCAGACCAUAAUUUUCUAUAUUGUUCUCCUAUCGAUUGGAAAAUCUUUUUGCUCGGUGAAUAUGAGCUUCUUAUACAACAAGCUUUGGAAAUUAAUAAUGAUAGGGUUCAUGAUAUGCAUAUGUAUAGAAGACCCUUAAGUGUUGAUAUCUCUUCAUUAGUAGUUUUUGAGAAGAUAAUUGAUAUAUUCAAUGACUCUCUUAGAAAAUUAUUCGGCUCAAAGCAAGACAAAGAUAAGGUGUUUGAAUUUCAAGGAUGGAGUAACAUGAUUUCCUGCUUACAUGGUGAUUUAGUUCCAAAGGAAAAAAUUGAUUUGUUAUAUGAGUUGUUUCAAAGUCAAUCAACAUGGAAUAAAGGUGUCUACAAAAUAUUCAAUGAGCAUUCAAGUAAAAAAAUAAUUUACCUUGGUUUUCUCAAGGGUUCAGUCAAGGAUUCUGAUGGAUUUGCAAAUAAGAAGUUGAGGAGAGUUGAUGAAAUAGAGGUAGAAAAUAUUGUUGGAGUUGGGUAUGGAAAUGGAAAUUUCAAGAUAACAUUCCUGCCAAUGUAUCUGAAGGUGUAUGAUCAUGAACAAAGAUUGGAAAAGUAUACAAGGGCAGCUAUUAUAAUUCAUUACAUGAUGCAGCCAAGUUUGGAUAGACAUGAUAUUUCUAUAGUGGCAUAUGGUCAAAACCAUUCUGAAAAGACACACAUUAUGGUGGAUGUUGCAAAUGAGCUUGAUUUUCUUCUAGCUUGGCCAAAAGGGAAGGAGUUAAAUGUGUGUUCAUGGAGCUCUUUGAUUGAUAGAAAUGAUUGGCUGACAACUAUUCUAGGCGAGACACUGGCGCAAUUUUGGAACACAUUGAUGGGGAGUUUAGAAGAAAUGAAGACCGGGUUUCCUUUUGGCACGUCGUCAUUGCGUGCAUUCCGACAAUGGGACCUAGGAGAACUAAAUUUUUCUAUGGCAACUGGAACUUGUGACUGCUGUUGGAAUUAUUUGAUUAUCUUUUAUGGAUGGUUCAACCUUGUAUUUGAUAGAGGCAAGUUGGAUGGAUGCAAAUACGCAACCUUGAGGACAAGGUUGAUUUGAAGGGGUCGGUAUUGAUAGAGACUUGAAUUAUGAAUUGGGCCUUGAUUAUGAUCCUAAGCCCAAAGUAAGCGUGAGAAAGAAAUAAGGGAGGAUGAGCUGGCAAAAAGAAGGGAUAUGCUUGAGUUAGUUACUAUAUAGUGGGAAAGGGGGAGUGAGAGGGAUUAGCUAAGAAUUUUGUUAUUUGCUUGGUAGUGUCACCUUUGGUGAUUUGGGGAGCACGCUGUGCUUUGUGGGCUAGCAGCACUUUUGCUGUUAGUUUGUUAUCUUCUUCUAUUCAGUUUUCUAUUGUAAUCACUAUUCCAUUACUAUCCAUUAAUACAGUACCUUCA